GUCCUCCUCCUCAUCUCCGUUUUAUUAUUAGGCUCAAUCCUCUACUCGCUACUGAUUUCUUUUUAUUUUACUUCCCUCUCCCGUUCAACGUCUUACAGACAUAACAACGCCUCAUCGUUCUGGACGAAAACUCCUUUCGAAUAUCUUGGGCUCACAAGUAACUGUUAUCCCUUGUUUCCUCUCCCACACCGCCCACUUUCAGCAUUUUUUUUUUUUUUUCAACCCGCAAGCAGAGCACCGGAUUAUCUAUCCGUUAUUGCUACUCAUUCUUGAAGAGAGUAGUGUCGCUUGCUCUCCGAAAGCCUUUUCAUCGCGGGUUGAACUACUCCAGUACGAGGCCUAUCUAGCCGCUUUAUCCAACUUUUCACUUCACCACCGCACAAUCGCAGCAAUGUUGAGCAAAUUCGCAAUCCUCGCCUGCUCGGCGCUUCUGCCUGUUGUCACGGCCCAAGUGCCUUCUCUUCCGUUCAACAUGAGCUACACGCCCGACCUCAGCUCGGCAAAGGUUACACUUUCGCAGAAAGCUGAAUGGUGCCGUGGCGAGACGAUUGUGUGCGAUAAGCUUUGCGGUUCACCCUCUCAAAUCCCCAAGACGAAUGACUGCUCCAGCGACACUCUGGCAUACAGCUGCAUUUGCCAGAACGGCACAGCGCCGGGCUUGCAGUACUACCAGAACAGUCUUCCUUCGUUCAUCUGCGAGGAAACCUUCAAGCAAUGCGAAGCCGCAAGGGCCGGUGAUGCUCGUGGUCAGGAGGACUGCAAGACUGGGGUGAAGAGCAAGUGUGGCACUCUAUCGGCAGACAGCGUUACAAGCGGCGGAAGCAAUGGAGGUACUACCACCACCACCAGCAGCUCUACUCCUAGCGCGACCCAGGGCGGAAGCAGCCAAGGUGGCGCCACAUCGUCUACUCAGCCUGGAUCUGCCGCCACCCAGCUUCCGCAAUUCAUCGGCAUGGCUGCCGCUGCCGCAGUCAUGGGAGCCUUUGCUCUGUGAUAAUGGCUCGACGACGCCAAGAGAGCAUACCAAGGGGAUGAAUUGGCCUUUGCCACUUGUUCCUCGUAUCACGUCUCGAGUACGCUAAUGCAGCCUUGAGAUUUUUGUCUUUUUAUGUAUGGAAUUGAGCAAUUGAAGAUACCACCCGCGCACGAUUACGCUAUCUAUUUCUACACUCCCUCUCGCGCUGCUGGUGGUGAAUUGGGAGUUGUUACGACUCUUGAACAAUCGGAUGGAAAACAGAAUGAUGGGGUUGCCAUGAUUUACUAGGCGUUGGGUUUUGCAGCUGUUAUUCUUUUUCGUCAUAGCCUUGUGGAGGUGGCGGUAAUUGGGAGGCCGUCGGCAAUAUUUCUCUCUAUCUUACUGUGUCUGACUGGCCUCCCGUUAAUAUUGAACGGUCUCCACCAAUACCAAACUAUCACGAAAG